GUCGUUUUUGGCGAUUUAGCACACGACUUUGCUGGAAAGACGCUACCGAUUCGUGGCUUGAAUACUUUUACAUUUCUUUCUUUGCGUCAAAAGGAAGAGAAUCCCACCAGAACCCAGCAGCGAAACCAUACACCCCACCCCGGUGGACGAUAAGAAGAUGGCGUUGCCAAAGAGAAUUAUAAAGGAAACCGAGCGUCUUAUGGCAGAGCCGGUCCCUGGUAUCAACGCCGUGCCUCACGAAGAGAACCUGAGAUACUUUGAUGUUUCGAUUCAUGGACCUGUGCAGUCUCCAUAUGAGGGUGGCAUUUUCCGCCUCGAGCUGUUCCUGCCGGAUGAUUACCCCAUGACUCCUCCCAAGAUCCGAUUCUUGACCAAGAUCUACCAUCCCAACAUCGACCGCCUUGGACGCAUCUGCUUGGAUGUCUUGAAGAACAACUGGUCGCCUGCCCUACAAAUCCGCACAAUCUUGCUCUCGAUCCAAGCCUUGCUUGGUGCACCGAACCCGGACGACCCUCUCGCCAACGACGUUGCUCAGCGCUGGAAGGAGGAUGAACCAGCUGCUAUCCAGACUGCAAAGGAGUGGACGAGAACACAUGCUAUGACUUGAAUUGUUGGAAGCAAAAGUUCAAUCAAACCUGUUAUGACGAAAAUACGAAUAACUCAGUGACGAAGUGAUUAUGAAGGGGCGAUUACCGUGGCCAUAGAAUUAUUCUUUUGCUUUUUUGGCAGGCAAGCUGCCGUGCUACCUGCGCUCUCAAUCUUCUUUUGAACUGGAGAGCAUUCCUUAUCCUCUAUCUUGUAUAUAGCGUCCCUAACAACUAUUUCAUAGCAUACAGCAGAGCCAAGGCUCUCGUGUUCAAUGUCUUUAUUGUCGACGAUUGAAUCGUAAUGUAUAUUUAUGUUAUAGGUCAACAGAACAAUUGGUCCUUCAUGAAAUGGCUGCAGAUUUC